AUGUUCCAUAGACGCAAAAGACCCUAUAACACGAGCAACUAUGGGUAUGCGAGCAAGAAAUUGAAACCGCAGUAUGUUAAUAUCCUGCCAGACUUUAAUCCUUCCGGUCUGUUAGAGCUGGAGUCGAAUAACAAAGAAGGAGUAGCUUUGAAGCAUGUAGAACCGCAGGAUGCCAUUUCACCAGACAAAUAUAUGGAUAUGCGUAGCUUGGAGCCACGAGAUAGAACUGUUUAUGAGCUAUUGGUAUACAAAAAGAAUGGCAAGGAUAACGCCCCGUGGAAAAGACAUAACUUGAAUGACAGAAGCUGUUAUUUAGUCGGUCGUGAACUGGGUCACAGUCUGGACUCAGAUUUUGACGAUAGGAAGGAAACUGUGAUCGCAGAUAUCGGUAUACCCGAAGAAACCUCUUCAAAGCAGCAUUGUGUUAUCCAGUUUAGGAAUGUUGGUGGCGUUUUGAAAUGCUAUGUUAUGGAUUUAGAUUCCUCUAAUGGGACCUGCUUGAACAACGUUGUGGUUCCUAGAGCCAGAUAUAUAGAGCUACGAAGCGGUGAUGUCCUGACGCUCUCAGAAUUUGGAGAAGAUACAGAUUAUGAACUUGUCUUUAUGAAUGUAUAA